GGACCCGGCGUGGGCGUGGCCGCCUCCGCCCCGCCCUCGGACGCCUCUGAAAAGCGGUGUGGAUAACGCCUGCAGGAAAGGCCACCACGCGGGUAGUUCCGCUCCGAGGGCGGAAGUGCGCGUCCAGGCCUCCGCCGCGGCCCAGCCAGCAACAUGGUAGCGCCCGUGCUGGAGGUAACUCACGUGUUUUGCUGCCCAAACCGGGUGCGGGGAGCCCUGAGCUGGAACUCCGGGCCCGGAGGACUUUUGGCCUUCGGCACAUCCUGUUCCGUGGUGCUCUAUGACCCUCAGGAAAGGGUUGUCAUCACCAACCUGAAUGGUCACACUGCUCGGGUCAAUUGCGUACAGUGGAUUUGUAAACAAGAUGGUUCUCCUUCUACUGAAUUACUUUCUGGAGGAUCUGAUAAUCAAGUGAUUCACUGGGAAAUAAAGAAUAAUCAGCUUUUAAAAGCAGUCCAUCUCCAAGGCCACGAAGGACCUGUUAAUGCAGUGCAUGCUCUUUACCAGAAGAGGGCGUCAGGCAUUGCAUUCCGUACACUGAUGGUGUCUGCAGCUUCUGAUUCUACUGUUCGAGUCUGGUCUAAAAACGGUUCAGAAGUACCAAUAUUAGCAUGUGGCGAUGAUGACUGCAAAAUUCACUUAUUCGUUCAACAAAAUGACCAGUUUCAGAAAGUGCUUUUUCUCUGUGGACAUGAGGAUUGGAUAAGAGGCGUGGAAUGGGCAACCUUUGGUAGAGAUCUUUUCCUGGCGAGCUGCUCACAAGAUUGCCUGAUACGAAUAUGGAAGCUGUAUGUAAAAUCAACAUCUUUAGAAACUCAGGAUGAUGAUAAUAUAAAGCUGAAGGAAAACACUUUUACGAUAGAAAAGGAAGGUAUUAAAAUAGCAUUUGCGGUUACUCUAGAGACUGUGCUGGCUGGUCAUGAAAACUGGGUAAAUGCAGUUCACUGGCAGCCUUCAUUCUACAAAGAUGGUCUUCUGCAGCAGCCAAUGAGAUUGUUGUCCGCCUCAAUGGAUAAAACCAUGAUUCUCUGGGCUCCAGAUGAAGAGUCUGGAGUUUGGCUGGAACAGGUUCGAGUAGGUGAAAUAGGUGGAAAUACUCUGGGAUUUUAUGAUUGCCAGUUCAAUGAAGAUGGCUCCAUGAUCAUUGCUCAUGCUUUCCAUGGAGCAUUGCACCUUUGGAAACAGAAUACGGCUAACCCAAGAGAGUGGACUCCAGAGAUUGUUAUCUCAGGGCACUUUGAUGGUGUCCAAGACCUGAUGUGGGAUCCGGAAGGAGAGUUUAUCAUCACUGUUGGUACUGACCAAACAACUCGACUUUUUGCUCCAUGGAAGAGAAAAGACCAAUCACAGGUUACUUGGCAUGAAAUUGCCAGGCCUCAGAUACAUGGGUAUGACCUGAAAUGUUUGGCGAUGAUUAGUCGGUUUCAGUUUGUGUCUGGAGCAGAUGAGAAGGUUCUUCGAGUAUUUUCUGCACCUCAGAAUUUUGUGGAAAAUUUUUGUGCCAUUACAGGCCAGUCACUGAAUCUUGUGCUUUGUAAUCAAGAUGGUGAUCUUCCAGAAGGAGCUACUGUCCCUGCGUUGGGGUUAUCAAAUAAAGCUGUCUUUCAGGGAGAUCUAGUUUCUCAGCCUUCUGAUGAAGAGGAGCUAUUAACGAGUAAUGGUUUUGAGUAUCAACCAGUGGCCUUUCAGCCUUCCAUACUUACUGAACCUCCCACUGAGGGUCAUCUUCUGCAGAAUACUUUAUGGCCUGAGGUUCAAAAACUAUAUGGACACGGUUAUGAAAUAUUUUGUGUUGCUUGUAGCAAUUCAAAGACUCUGCUUGCCUCAGCAUGUAAGGCAGCUAAGAAAGAGCAUGCAGCUAUCAUUCUUUGGAACACUACCUCUUGGAAACAGGUGCAGAAUUUAGUUUUCCACAGUUUGACUGUCACACAGAUGGCCUUCUCACCUAACGACAGGUUCUUACUAGCUGUUUCCAGAGAUCGAACUUGGUCACUGUGGAAAAGGCAGGACACAGUCUCACCUGAAUUAGACCCAAUUUUCAGCCUCUUCGCCUUCACCAACAAGAUAACUGCUGUGCACAGUAGAAUUAUUUGGUCUUGUGAUUGGAGUCCUGAUAGCGUGUAUUUCUUCACUGGGAGUCGGGACAAAAAGGUGGUUGUCUGGGGUGAGUGUGACUCCAGUGAUGACUCCGUCGAGCACAACAUUGGCCCCUGCUCCUCUGUCCUGGAUGUGGGGGGAGCAGUGACAGCCGUCAGUGUCUGCCCCGUGCUUAACUGUGCCCAACGAUACGUUGUUGCCGUAGGAUUAGAGUGUGGAAAGAUUUGUUUAUACACUUGGAAAAAAACUGAUCAAGUUCCAGAAAUAAAUGACUGGACUCACUGUGUAGAAACAAGUCAAAGCCAAAGUCAUACACUUGCUGUCAAAAAAUUAUGCUGGAAGAAUUGUAAUGGGAAAACCGAACAGAACGGAACAGAAGGUGCUGAGUGGUUACACUUCGCAAGUUGUGGUGAAGAUCAUACUGUGAAGAUACACAGAGUUAACAGACGUGCACUGUAACGGACUUAGUAACUAUAGGCAUACAGGCACUGGUGUCUUAAGCUAUUUGUCAUGUAAAUAGAUGACUUUCUUUACCUCAAAAUUUCAUUGAUUUUCAUUUUUAAGUCCUACAGCAGUAGUACUACUCACUGGGUCACAGACCCUUUGAAAUGUGAUGACAGCUGCAGACUCUUGUCACAGAUGUGUAUAUGCACACACCCUUGGAACCUUGCCCACACUUUCAGGGGUCCAGACCUGCAUUUCUGUGUCCCAGAUUAAGAACCACAUUCUUCGUGACUGAAUUUGCCUAAUUUUGUGUUAACGUGUGGGGCCUUUUCUUUUCAUACGUCUGUCUUUGGGACAUUGCCUUGUUUAUUACCCUCUUCAAAGGGAGGACAUAGAAAAUAAAAAGAGAUAAAACUCA